AUGCCUGAGAAGACAUAUACUGCGGCUGAAGUGGCCACUCACAACAGCGAGAGUGAUUGCUGGGUUAUUAUCGGUGAUGAAGUUUACGACGUGACCGAGUUCUUGCCCGACCAUCCUGGUGGAAAGAAGCGAUCCUGUUGUUCGCUGGCA